AACAGCAACGCGGACCACGAAGGUUUUUUGCUGGGAGAGGUAAAACAAGAAGAAACCUUUAGCAUCAGUGACUCACAAAUCAGCAACACAGAAUUUCUGCAAGUAAUUGCCGCACUUCAAGCAUGACAUCAAACAGCAUAUCCUGAUAACCAGAGAACAAAGCAAAAGACAUUUCAUUCAUUUAUUCAGCAGACAUUUAUUGAAGAACUUCCAUGUGUGAUGCACGUGCUAGGCAUUGUGAAGAAUAUCCAGCUACUCAUCUAGGAAACAGUAACAUCUCUGCCUUCCAGCAGUGUGAGGAUAAAACAGAAAUCCAUAACCAUCAGCCUUGUUCAAAACUUUUUAGUUUUUAUGACUACGCAAGCAAAGUUAACGAAGAGAGUUUGGACAGGAUUCUUAAAGAUCGGAGAAAGAAAGUUAUUGGGUGGUACAGAUUUCGGCGAAACACACAGCAGCAGAUGUCAUACAGAGAGCAGGUCAUCCACAAGCAGCUCACCCGGAUUCUCGGCGUACCUGACCUUGUCUUCCUUCUCUUCAGCUUCAUCUCCACUGCCAACAAUUCUACUCAUGCUUUAGAAUACGUUCUCUUUAGACCAAAUCGAAGGUAUAAUCAAAGGAUAUCACUUGCUAUUCCCAACCUAGGCAAUACUAGCCAGCAGGAGUACAAAGUGUCUUCAGUGCCAAAUACUUCUCAGAGUUAUGCCAAAGUUAUUAAAGAACAUGGUACCGACUUUUUUGACAAGGAUGGAGUAAUGAAAGACAUCAGGGCGAUUUAUCAGGUUUAUAACGCACUUCAGGAGAAAGUACAGGCAGUGUGUGCAGAUGUAGAAAAGAGUGAGCGAGUUGUUGAAUCUUGUCAGGCAGAAGUGAACAAAUUAAAAAGACAGAUCACUCAAAGGAAAAAUGAAAAGGAACAGGAAAGAAGAUUGCAGCAGACGAUGUUAAGCAGACAGAUGCCACCUGAAAGUUUGGAACCAGUGUUCAGCCCUCGGAUGCCCUAUUCUGGGUUUGCAGCCGAAGGUAGAAUUACACUUGGAGAUGCAGAGGCUACCGAUCCUCCUCCCCCUUAUUCUGAUUUUAACCCAAACAAUCAAGAAAGUACUUUAAGCCAUUCUCGCUUGGAAAGUAGUGUCUUUAUGCCUCGACCUCAAGCUGUGGGUUCCUCCAAUUAUGCUUCCACCAGUGCUAGACUGAAGUAUCGUGGAAGUGGAGCAGACCUUUCUCCUUCCCAAAGAGCAGCUGGAGACAGUGUUGAUGAAUCAGACGACAGCGAUUAUGAAAAUUCAGUUAACCCUACAGAGCCCUCCAAUAGUGAAUCCUCCCAUCCGAGGGAUUCACGGCCCACGACACAUCCGGAUGGAGACUCCAGGAACACUCAGGCCUCCCAGAUUUAACUGAACAAAAGAAAGUCUCCACUUAGCACUGUUUUUCCUAAUUGCAUUCUGAGAGAGGUUUUUCUUGAGGACUUAAUCUGGGGGGAAACCUGCUUUCUCAGAUACUAUGACUUGACUCCUAAGAGGAGAGUCCUUGUGCACAGAACUUGUAGGAACCUUGCAUCCGCUGUCCUCACCUUCUGAUGCAGUGUGCAGGUUUCACAACAGAAUCAUUAAGAUAAUCAAGUUGUACUAAUUCUGGUGCCAUCUAUGGAUGUACUGGUAAAUUUAGGCAAAGUGAAACUUACCAACAUAGUUUCUGUUCUGUAAAAUAAAUUGGAAAUUAGAGACUAAGCACAAUUAGUCUAUAAGUGUUCUAUAAAUCAAAAACUUACCUCUUGCACUAUCAUGCCUUGAAAUUUACUUUUUCAAAGGGAAGUGAGUUUAGCAGCAGCCUUCAAAGAACCUUCUUUCUAUGAUGAGCCAAAUUCAUCUUUGCCAGAAAAGAAAUUUUGAUAAUUCCAAGAAGCCUGAUUGGAACAAAUUGAAUAUACCUUUCUCUUGUCUGCAUGACUUUGUGAGAUUGAAAGAGAGGGCUUUGUUUCAACUUUUUCUACUAGCCUGUUAUGUAUUGUCACUUAAAAUGGUUGCCUUUUUAAAAAAUAUAGAAAUACUAAUUACCAGUAAGUAAUCAUCCAAAUAAGUAUGUCAUAAAUGAAGUAUUUUUCUCUCUGUGGAUUACAGUGACUACUGUGUUGCACUAGCCACAUUUAUGGUCUCUUCUGGAGUCUCAGAUGAAGGACACACAGCAGCAGGUAACAGAAAGGAGAUGUUAGGUCCCAGUCUUGAGAUGAUGAUGAACAGAUUCCAGACAGUGGAUUUAGCUGAGUUGAUACAUAAGAUAUAACUCAUUUAGAUCUUCUGACAAAUCCUAGUGUUACUUUGUGGAGGAAAGACAUUUAAUAAAUUGUUUGGGAAUCUUGAUGAAUAAAGAUUCUUUUUAAAUCUAAA